GGCCUACCAUCCCCUUUCUCUUGUCAUUCUAAUCAAUGCUUGUUGGGCGUUGCAGGCCCGUAUUCCUCUCCCACAUGUCAUGAUUUCAGUGGGACUACUGACAUGGUGAUCCAAGAGAGAGGUUGGAGUUGAUACUCCCUUAAUGAAUGAGUGAAUGAUGGCGUCUUCAAAAAAUCUCCAACCUCCACUCUCCACUCUCCAGCCCCUUUGAGAGUCAUAUUUUAUAAUUUUAAUGGCAUGUGUUAGGUCAACCCGUGGGUAGCAUCCAGGCCUCCCAAUCGCCACAUGACACGUCAUCCAACGUCCUCCUAUUGUACCGACAUCCAUGGCAUUUUGGUCAUGAGAACUUGCAUUUCAUCCGCUGAGGCCUGGCCGAUCCACAAGGCAUUUGGAACACUCUCCCAAUUCCGGUGAACGAAGAUAUUGUAAUUGGGUUUUGUCUUUUUUACUUUUUAUUAUAAAAGAAAUGAAUGUUAAAAUUUGGAGUUUUAUCGAACAUAUGGAAUACAAUAAUAAGAACUUAUUUACCAUCGUCAUGCGGCGACUCAAGUUUAAAGGUUGACACUUGGACAUCGGGGCAAAGUGAAGAGUGGAAGAUUAUGGAGGCCAGAAGGCUAUGCUCUCGAGCAGGGCGGUGGCGUCAGAUGCACCCCGCCGCACCCAUCUUCCCUGCUAAUUCCUACUUGGUCCACCCCACAAAUUCACUCAAUUCUUCACCCUCCUCUACAAUCCCAGAUCAUCAAAAGCUGAACUGUAUUCUUGAAGCCUGCAAGUUCUCCUCAGAUUUCAGAACUGCAUUUCAGAGCCACGCUAAAAUCAUAAAAUUUGGAUAUGGUACGUACCCAUCCCUUAUAACCUCUCUCGUAUCAACAUAUGCGCAUUGUGAUUGCCUGGAUCUUGCUCAUCAACUUCUUGAUGAAAUGCCCUAUUGGGGUUUUGAUUUGAUCACUGCAAAUUUAAUAAUAGCAAGCUUGAUGAAAGUUGGAGAGUUUGACUUUGCCAAGAGGGUAUUCCGUAAAAUGCUCCGUCGAGAUGUGGUUACAUGGAACUCAAUGAUUGGAGGCUGUGUUAGAAAUGAACGGUUUGAGGAGGCUCUUAGAUUCUUUCGAGAAAUGCUGAACUCGAAUGUUGAACCGGAUGGGUUUACGUUUGCAUCCGUUAUUAAUGGCUGUGCACGACUUGGAUCUUCUCAUCAUGCUGAGUUGGUGCAUGGUUUAAUGAUUGAGAAGAAGAUUCAACUGAACUUUAUAUUGAGUUCGGCAUUAAUAGAUCUGUACUCAAAAUGUGGAAGAAUCAAUACUGCAAAAAAAGUAUUUAAUAGCAUUCAGCAUGAUGAUGUGUCUGUCUGGAAUUCAAUGAUUAAUGGCCUAGCAAUUCAUGGGCUUGCUUUGGAUGCAAUUGGAGUAUUCUCACAAAUGGAGAUGGAAAGUGUUUCACCUGAUUCUAUAACCUUCAUUGGAAUUUUAACAGCAUGUAGCCAUUGUGGUUUGGUUGAACAAGGUCGCAGGUAUUUUGAUCUAAUGAGAAGGCAUUACUCAAUUCAGCCACAGCUUGAGCAUUAUGGAGCCAUGGUUGACCUUCUGGGUCGAGCUGGGUUGGUUGAAGAAGCUUAUGCAAUGAUUAAGGCAAUGCCAAUGGAGCCAGAUAUUGUUAUAUGGAGGGCGCUUCUUAGUGCUUGCAGAAAUUUCAAGAAUCCAGAAUUGGGGGAAGUUGCAAUUGCAAAAAUAUCACAUCUCAAUAGUGGAGAUUACAUCUUGUUGUCGAAUAUGUAUUGCUCACUAGAGAAAUGGGAUUCCGCAGAAAGAGUGAGAGAAAUGAUGAAAAGAGAUGGAGUUCGUAAGAAUCGUGGUAGAAGUUGGGUUGAGUUGGGUGGUGUCAUUCAGCAAUUCAAGGCUGGUGAUCGAUCACAUCCUGAAACAGGAGCAAUCUACAAAGUGCUGGAAGGAUUGAUCCGACGCACCAAGUUGGAAGGAUUUAUGCCAGCUACUGACUUGGUUUUAAUGGAUGUGUCUGAUGAGGAAAGAGAGGAGAACUUGAAUUCUCACAGUGAGAAGUUGGCAUUGGCUUAUGUGAUCCUCAAAACCAGUCCUGGAACAGAAAUUAGGGUUUCAAAAAAUCUCCGCACUUGUCAUGACUGUCAUUGUUGGAUGAAAAUACUCUCUAGACUGCUAAGCAGGGUGAUAAUAGUGAGGGAUCGGAUCCGUUUUCAUCGGUUUGAAGGGGGUUUAUGUUCCUGCAGAGACUAUUGGUAGUUGGUCCCGGGAAUGCUAUGUAAAGAUGUGGUUUCUUGGAAGUUGGGAAUGUGAAUGUGCAUUAGGAAUACCCAUGCAUUAGGCAAUUAUGUUCCUUGCUCAGAUGGUUAACUCAUAUAUAAUUUUAAAUGUCCGACUGAGUAGCUUGUUGCUUGGUGUGGAAUCAAACUUAGACUUUGUAAGGUUCAAUUCAAGUUUGCUUUUGCUCUGGGUUAGAAGCAUCUAAAUGAUUGCUAUGCUUUUUGAAGCGCCAUUUGUAAUGUUGUACAGUUAACAAUUUGAUAAGGGUCAACACUUUUGGAAGCAAACACAUGACAAUAAUGGAAGAAUGAGCUGAAUUGGCCUUGGUAAGAUGGUCAUGUGAAAGGCAUUGCCAUGCUGGAUGGAAGCCACUUAUGAUGGUACUAAUACCCAAACAACCAAUAAGAUGCAUUGGUUUCUGUCAUUUGCAUAUUCACACUUCUAAGAAGUUUGUGUCUGGAAUAGCACCUCUGUACGAAGCUCAUGUAAAUGGCAAUGCUGUUGGUGCUGGAUGAAAACUUAUUAUCACUAUCCCUGCAACCAAAGAACCCACAAGCAAUCAUGGCAGCUCUGAAGUAUCCAACUUGAAAGAUCCUGUAUGGUGGACACAACCAUGAGAGUUUCCCACCCAGUAAUCUUAACCCUGCAUUGUGUUGAUGGGUGUCUGGUUUAUUCAUGGCUUCAUGAUCUAUCCUCAUUGAUAACUUGUGCUAAGCAUGUCUGCCAGCGAGGAUGAGAAGCCACUGGCCUCCCCUGAGGUGGACCUGUCCAGCAGUGAGCCCAGAAUAACUAUGUCAGUUAAGACAUUGGGGGAACUGGUUCUAUCCAAAAUGGGACUGAAAAGGACAUCAAGUUUUCCAACAGUGUUGACCAUACGUCCCUUUGCGAUCUGCAGGACAAUCCAAUUUGAUGUACAAAUGGUGAAUUUGUUUUAAUUCCCUUGCUGAAUUCUAGCGACUUUGGUGGGUUGUUUCUAUCCUUGCACAGUUUGUACUUUGACUUUUUUCUUGGAUUUGUGAAGGCCCACCCACGUACAACUUGGAGGUUCUCUCAGAUUCUUGGAUGAAAGCACCUCAUUGGCUGGUAGAAAAUUGGGGCUUGUUGGAUCUGAAAACUUUUCCUCUUUGGAAAAAAGAUCCAACACUCGCGCAAAACUUCUUCCAGUGCUGAAGGCUUAGCCAUAUAAGCGAAGACUUUUGUUUUAUCUGGCUUGGGAACUGUGUAAGCCUUUGAUGAGGCUUGACCGUAGUCAGUCUUUUGUAGUCUGUUUGUUCAACUGUUUUCAUUUAUAUCACGUGUAUUCUGGAAAAAUACAUCAGUGAAUACUUCCUAAUGUGAGUGCGCAUUAUAAUCCCAUUAUUUUCUUCAAUUUCCAAGUAGCGUAUAGGGUCACUGGUGUUUUGGUAAUGAAAUUGGCACUUUGUAGAGACUGGAUUAUUAUUUUCAGGAUCUCUGCAUCCAGAUUGGAGAUUGUAGACAUCUCUCUUCCGAUCUUCCCUGUUCUCCAAGCUUCUCCUCUGCAAAUCAUGCUGCAACUCAGGAUAUGUUGGACUAAGGAUGUUAAUACCGGUGUCAAUUUAGACACAAUAUGGUGCAAAGCUUCUUCCUUGCCAAGAGAGACACUCUGAUUUUGUAUCCUUUUUUCUCUCACUCUUCAGUCAUUUCGUUAGAUGAGUGGGUUUUCAACAGAGAAGCCUGCCUUAUAAGAAUUGUGACCUGGCAUGACAAUGGAAAGAACUGGAGGAUUAGAUGGGCAACAGAAACAGUUUGCUAGCAAUUAAGAUCCUUUUCCUUUUAGAAAAAAUUUGGCAGAACCCUUUUCUAAAUUUUCAGGCUCUGAUUAGCUGAUGAAUUCAAUACUGCAGCUUUUGAGAAUCGAUGGAGGGCCUACUAGAUGCAGCUCCUUCUAUGAGGGAAUAAUGGUGGCUAAGUUCCACUCAAUGUGGGCUUGUGAGGAAUUUUAUAUUUCUAUUAAACUUCUGUACCCUUUGUUAUGGAAGCAAUCGAUAUGUAAUAUAGACUAUUUUGCUUAGUUUAUCAUUCAAAGGGGUUUUUUUGGAUGAGUUGUACAGUUUUGCUUGA